ACCGCGUCCCCAGGCUCAACCAAUCCGAAGACUCCCGGCCUACACUCGCGCUCCCAUUGGCGCAGAGCUGGGCAUGGUUCGGCAACCCAUUGGGUCGCUCCGCUGUCCGCUGUCCGUUGCCGGGAAGGGGUGGGGCUUUCGGGAGCCAUGACAGCGGCGGGCACUGGCACCGGCUUUGGCACCACCACCUGGUGGGGGUUCUCCCCUGCACUGGAUCUGCAGAAAGAAUGUCUGGAGGCCUCCCUGGACCAUGUCUGCCAGUCAGAGGAGGGUCUGUCAGAGCUGAAUAUCCUGCUGGUAGGCUCUGUGGAUGGCCGGCAUGUCCUCAAGACCAUGUGCCAAGCUCACCGUUGGCCACAGAGGAAAAUCAAUUUCUACAUUGUGGAAAAUAACCCUGAAGUGCUGGCCCGGCAGCUGCUGUUCCUCAGCCUUGCCCUAGAGCCUCAGGAGAAGAUGGGGCUUCAAGAGAAGAGUGAGACGUUCCUAGAACUGCUGGGGAACAGCCUGAUGCGCAGCCCCACAGCCACCUACCUGCAGGAGAAGUCGGACAUCUUCAUCCGCUUGGCCACUGACCCAGACUUCCAGCAGUGCUACCUGCCAGUCCUGGACAUGGCAGGCCUGAAGUUCAAGGAGCGGGACCAGCUGGAGGGCAUCUUCCGCUUCUGGCUCCACCCGGAUCCCCAAGCCUUCCCAAUCGUGCGGCUCUGGGAUCUGCGGGUGAGGCAGUACCUGGGCACCCGCUAUGACACCCGCAACGGUGUGAGCGACUGGGACCUCAACAUGAAGCUGCAUGAGCAGGGGGCCAGUGUAAUCAAUAUCCGAGAAUACACGAGGUGGCGGGACACAGGUGUGGCUUUUGAGCUCCGUGAGGGCAUCUAUGACACUCCCAACAAGACUUUGGCUUCUGGGAGGCUCCUAAGACUGAACGGGGAUAGGGUGCCAGCCCGUGGGUACUGGGGUGACAUUGCCACAGGACCCUACAUCCUCUUCGGAAUUGAGACUGAGGAGCAGAGCCUGCUGAAGACCAUCAAUGGGGUGCCCAGCAAGAGUGCCCAAGAGAUCUCGCUGCACAAUGUCACAGCCAUGUUCCAUGAGCUGGCAGCCCGGGCUCGAUACAUCCCCCCAGGACCUGACCCAAAGGGGGACAGUGUGGCCACCCCAGUCCCAGGGGAUGCUUCCCAGCCCCAGGAGCAGAGCCAGCUGGUUCACGCACCCCCCAGCUGCACUGCAAGAACCAGUACCAGCGGCUCUUCAACCUCCUCUAUUUCUCCUGCAGCUUCCUGCCCGACCUCCAUAAGGACCAGGCCAACGCCUUCACCUCCCGGGCCACAGCCCUGGCUGCAGGGGCUGGCUUCCAGCCCCAUGGUGUGCCAAGUGGGCAGCAUCCAGCGUGGAUGUGCUUCCAGCUGCAGGAAGGGGCCUGAGGGCAGAGCCACACCUUGGAGACCAGCUUCCUGGGGAUAUAGGGUGGGGAGAGAGACCCCCCCACGCAUCGUUAACCUGCUGGGGUCCUAGAUUGGGCAUCUGAGCUUCUCCCAGCCUCACUCUUUAACCAUUUGGUGCCCACUUUGUUGGGGGCCAGGACUCCUCUCUGCCCAGCAUUAUUAACCCUUCCAUUCCCUCCCCUGCCCUGUGUCCUUCCAGGCCAGCAGCCAAUAAAAUUCCACUGCUAUAUGUUUGAGGGGAGGGUCCUACAUACCCCCUGCCCCCCCCCCCCGAAUUGUGCAUGAAUCCCCCUCCCUCCCCUCACCUGCCCCCUCUGCUCUGUGUCCGGCUUUGUCAUUUAUGGCUUGUUUCAUACUGAAAUAAAGUUCUUUCCUGCUGGGCCCACUUUGCUCCCAGCAAGUUUGACUCAAA